AUGACUGUGCAAAAGUCAAAAAAAGGGAAAAAACCAGUGGUUACUAGUAAAUCAACAAAUGAAGAAAAAAGCUUGUACAUAACAGAUGAUUAUGAUUCAGAAACAAUAAUUGAUGAAAUUGACGAUGACGAUGAUAGAGUUUGGUUUAAUUUAACAGAUAUGGAAAAUUUAGUAGCAAAUUGCUUUGAUAACUUUGAAGAAAAUAGUAAU